AAAAUCGCCGACCACCAUUAAUCUCGCCUGCCUCGUGUAUGAAUAUAGAGAUGUGGGCCCAGGUGGUGACGUGGAGAGAGCGGAAGUGGGGCAAGGAAAGAGAAGAGAAGAGAAGCUAAAGCUUGGAUCUUUGAUUCAUAGUGGCACAGUUCUCGCACUUGUGAGUUGUGACCUGUCUGCUACAAUAACAUCUCGAAACAAAGAGACAGAGAGAGACGUAUGCUCGUAGCUUCUUCUGCUGCUUCAUUCUAGAGACUCAAAAAAAGUUUAGAGAGAGAGAAAGAGAGAUCUAAUGGAGUACGAGAGGAUACACAAAGUUCAGAGUGGGAUAAUAUCUCCAACUAAGCUGAGGAUGAAGCUCAUGGGACCUCACUAUAACAGAAAGAGGGAUGGAUCAAACAGUAAUUCUUCAAGGACAUCUCCUGCAAGGCUCGAUGACACUGAAUUUGUCAAGAAUAGCUUAUUAGAAUCCAAUGAUGAGGAAGUUGCAGCUCCGAGCUUAGAAGUGCCAUCUGUGACUGUUACGGGAGACACGGUGGUUAGCCCCAGCCAAAUCGAUCAGACAUCUUGCCAGCCGAAGGACACCUUGCCAAACGAAAAUGGCAACGUGGGUCGUGGUAAAAUACAGCAAUUUUCAAAGGGUGAAAGUGGUAAUUCAAGUGCAGUUCAUCCAAUGAGAUCACUUGAAGAUGAGAAUCUUGAUUAUGAUAGUAAUGCUAGUUCUUCUAGUUUUGAGUUCCAUAAGGAAAGAUCAGUACAUAAUCAAUUUACUAGAUCGUUUUCAAGGCCUAUGCCAUCUAAGUGGAAUGAUGCAGAGAAAUGGAUAAUGAAUAGGCAAAAUGUGCAGCCUAAUUUGAAGAAAAAUGGUUUACACUACCAAGCUAAUCGGAUGCUUGGGACCAAUACAGUGAGAGUUGCUCCAGAAUCAGCAAAUCAUGAUCUUAAGUCUUCGAUUAGCAGGAUAGUAGACACUAAGCGCAUUGAUUUCGGUCCGCCUCCUUCACAAUUGGCAUUUGAGAAGUUCUCCUUCGUUCCCCCUGGAACUUCUUCAGUUUCUGGUCAAGCAUAUGGGGGAAAUCUUCUAAUUGAUCAGUGUACUCAGAGCAAGGACUUGCAGGAACUGGAUCAAAGAGAAAUAUGUAAUGCAAAAAGUUUAGCAGAAGAUGCAACAGUUCUUCCUGUCAUAAGAUCAGUCUGCAUGAGAGACAUGGGAACAGAAAUGACUCCUGUUACAAGUCAAGAGCCCUCAAGGACGGCUACACCUGUGGGGGCAACGACUCCUCUGCGCAGCCCAACUUCUUCUAUCCCAUCUACACCUCGGGCAGGGGCACCAGCACCAACGCCUAUGGAGCAUGGGACUGAUGAUGAUAUGCAUCACACCUCUGAGAACGGCAAAAGAGAGUUGACCGAGCAAGAAAUGAAACUGAAGACCAGAAAGGAGAUUAUGGCCUUAGGUGUCCAGCUAGGCAAGAUGAAUAUUGCUGCCUGGGCAAGUAAAGAAGAACAGGAGAAGAAUGCAUCUGCUGUUAAGACUGCUGAUAGGGAUGAGCUUGAACCGAUUGAAUAUGAAAAACGUGCAUCUGCAUGGGAAGAAGCAGAAAAAUCUAAACAUGCUGCAAGAUAUAAAGGUGAAGAAAUCAAAAUUCAAGCAUGGGAAAGUCGGCAGAAGGCAAAACUAGAGGCAGAGAUGCGAAGAGUAGAGGCCCAAGUCGAACAAAUGCGAGCCCAAGCUCAAGCAAAGAUGGUAAAGAAGCUCUCUAUCACAAGACAAAAAUCAGAAGAAAAACGGGCUGCAGCAGAAACCAGGAAAAAUAGGGCUGCAGAAAGAACUGCAGCUCAGGCAGAGUACAUUCGUCAGACAGGGCGAAUGCCGACAUCCCAUUACAUGUGCUGUGGUUGGUUGUCAUAAAAUUGAAAAAUCAAAAUAUUCAAGUAGAAAGAAUUUGCUCAUACUCGCGUUGAGCCAAAGUAGCAUCUUGUUUACCUUGUUCAUCUUUUAUAAUUCAUUGAAUGCUGUCCACUUGCCUGUGUGUUGCUCAAUCUUGUAUCUAAUGGAGUGACCUAGUUUGCAAGUUAGAACG